GCUUUGGUCCAAGAUGGCCGGGCUCGUCUUCGGCCAAUAUCCGAGCGACAGGUCCUGGCUGCGGGCAGCGAAGGGGAGCCCCUGACCGCCGCUCUGACGAAGCUGGGCCUCGGUUCCCGAGCCCAUGAGCUCCAGGAUGCACUUCGCGCCUGCACCGUCGAGCAGCUGCGGGAGCAAAACCUCACGCGCGAGGACUUCGACUCUCUCAUCCGGGAUGUCUUGCUACUGGGGGAUGGCGAAUACCGCCGGCUCUGGCGCUUCAUCAUGGAGCUGCAAGAGCAGACCCCUCUUCCAAAAGCCUCGAGCUCGAAGAGCAAAGCAGCGCCUGCUGCAAAGGCGCUCAUGGCGAUGCCCCGCCCCAAGGGUGGCAAGGGGCAGCGCAAAGGCGGCGCGGUGCAGGAGCGAGCCGCUCCUGAUGAGAUCGAUGGCCUCAGCCUGAUUUUCCACCAGGACCUCCCAGAGCCAGCGUUCUUGCUCGUGGUCCGGUUCACCUACGGCCUGAGGUUGGGCAGUCACUGA